UGAAUGGCGAUUUAUUAGAUAAAGUCGCGGUUUUACAACCUAAGCAAAUACUGCUAAUCCUCCCCCGACUCAAUCCACCUUGAGGCCGCCUUUUAAAUGCUCCGACUCCCUUCAGAGAAAGCCUCGAGGUAAAAAGAAAAACCUGUCUGGCAAUCCAGACCUGCCGUCGCCACGAUAACCAGAGUAGCAGGCAGGUGUGUGCUUACUAAACCACGGCCAACAGAGCGAAGGUGCGCCUACGCCGCGCGCGAAGUGUCACCGUAGCUCUAGGACCACGCAUGCGCGAACGCAGCUUCGCGAUCCAAUGGCUGAGCCCGUCACAGGACAGAUGAUCAGGGUGCGUCCGCCUUUUCGUUCCCGCUUCUAUCCUCCUCCCCUUUCCCCUCCCCCUGUCCCUCCUUCUUCUCCCUCCUCCCUCUCUCCCUCCCUCUGGCGUCUCCAGCCGACUUUCGCUUCCCGUCAGCAGCCUUUGGCGGAAGAGUGUCCCGCCUCUUCCGCUCUACAGCGGAGGUGGCUGUGGCGGUGGCGCUGGUGGCGGCGGCGGCGGCGGCAGCGGCGCUCGAGCGGUUCCUGUCAGGGUCAGCCGGCGGGCCCCCUGGGUGGUCCACCUGCAAGUCGCGGAGCGGCGCCCCAGGGAUCGAUGGCGAUGAACUAUAACGCGAAGGAUGAAGUGGACGGUGGGCCCCCGUGUGCUCCGGGGGGCACCGCGAAGACUCGGAGACCGGAUAACACGGCCUUCAAACAGCAACGGCUGCCAGCUUGGCAGCCCAUCCUUACGGCUGGCACGGUGCUACCUAUUUUCUUCAUCAUCGGUCUCAUCUUCAUUCCCAUCGGCAUUGGCAUCUUUGUCACCUCCAACAACAUCCGCGAGAUCGAGAUUGAUUAUACCGGAACAGAGCCUUCCAGUCCCUGUAAUAAAUGUUUAUCUCCGGAUGUGACACCUUGCUUUUGUACCAUUAACUUCACACUGGAAAAGUCAUUUGAGGGCAAUGUGUUUAUGUAUUAUGGACUGUCUAAUUUCUAUCAAAACCAUCGUCGUUACGUGAAAUCUCGAGAUGAUAGUCAACUGAAUGGAGAUUCUAGUGCUUUGCUUAAUCCCAGUAAGGAAUGUGAGCCUUAUCGAAGAAAUGAAGACAAACCAAUUGCUCCUUGUGGAGCUAUUGCCAACAGCAUGUUUAAUGAUACAUUAGAAUUGUUUCUCAUUGGCAAUGAUUCUUAUCCUAUACCUAUCGCUUUGAAAAAGAAAGGUAUUGCUUGGUGGACAGAUAAAAAUGUGAAAUUCAGAAAUCCCCCUGGAGGAGACAACCUGGAAGAACGAUUUAAAGGUACAACAAAGCCUGUGAACUGGCUUAAACCAGUUUACAUGCUGGAUUCUGACCCAGAUAAUAAUGGAUUCAUAAAUGAGGAUUUUAUUGUUUGGAUGCGUACUGCAGCAUUACCUACUUUUCGCAAGUUGUAUCGUCUUAUAGAAAGGAAAAGUGAUUUACAUCCAACAUUACCAGCUGGCCGAUACUCUUUGAAUGUCACAUACAAUUACCCUGUACAUUAUUUUGAUGGACGAAAACGGAUGAUCUUGAGCACUAUUUCAUGGAUGGGAGGAAAAAAUCCAUUUUUGGGGAUUGCUUACAUCGCUGUUGGAUCCAUCUCCUUCCUUCUGGGAGUUGUACUGCUAGUAAUUAAUCAUAAAUAUAGAAACAGUAGUAAUACAGCUGACAUUACCAUUUAAUUUUAUAUUAUGAAAGCAAAUCAUCUGCAUGUGCAUCAAGGCCAGUCCUAUUCAACCUAGCUUUCGAAUGCUGAUGUCUGGUUAGUAUGUCAUUUUGAAGUUGGCACAUAACUUUUCUAAAAAAAAGCAGUCUUUGUUGUUUGCUUCUUCCCUACGGAUGACUUCUAAAAAUAUAUGACGGGUAUAAAAAAAUUAGCUAUAUUGAUCAUAUCAACACUGUAACUGCUGAAAUGGCAUUCUAAUGUUUGCUUUUUAUUCGGACAGGCCACAUGAUGCAUAGAGCCUCUUUCAUGUGACUUGUGUCUACUGCUUAAAUCUUUAUGCUGUGUUGAUGAUAUUAUAUUGACAUAUGAUGCUGUAUAUGUGUAUGUAUUUUGUGGAGAAAGGGAUUACAAGAUGUAUGAGUAUAAUGACUUGCUAACCUUUCAGGAUUCAGAGAAAGAUGAAGAAAGACCAUAUCUAAAUAAUACACUUCAUCAUUUUCAUGUGUAUAAAUGCUUAAAGUACCAUCUUUGUUGAGGUGGUUCAUGUAUCCAGUUUAUCCAGUACAGUUAUUUGUCAAGCUUAGCUUUGAUUUCAAAGGACACGCUUACCUUGUCUGGCAUAAGAAUUAAUGCUCAUGUCUGCAGUGGUUGGGUAGGUCCUGCUUAGGAGAAUUUAAAAAUUCCUCUUUCCGUUUGGUUGAAUGUUGCAGUCAGGAACCCCAACUCACUUGGAAUGUUUUUAUAUGUAAUCAUUUCCCUUGAAGCUUAUACUUUAUAAGGGAAGAAAGAAUUCAGGUGAUACGGGAAAACUGCUUGGCAGACCUUCAUCUUCUGCCUCAACUGUAAACCACAUGUAAAUGCUUAAUGGAGACUGUUUUCAUUCUUGUGAUAUUUAACAUUCAGAAAAUUACUUCAGCUUUGGAAAUACUCAGGCUGUUUUUAUUUUGCAGGUAAGUGUUUUAAGUACUAAUAUUCCAGAAAUUUUUGAAAGCAGUAACCUUAAUUUCCUAUGUAUUUCAUUCCACUUUUGCAUAUAGGUCAAAUAGCAAUGUGUAUGCACAUUCUCUUUAGUUAAGGCACCAAUUGUUUUGGUUGGUUUUCCUAAGACAUACUUUAAAAAGAUGUUCUAUAAAUUUCCUAAUUAAAUUAUGGGGAUUUUGGAGUAUGUACAUGAUAAAUUAUAAUAUGUAUAUGGUUGAAGUUAUUUUAUUUUUUACUAAUGAAUUAUUUUAAUAUUCCUUAUUGAAUAAAUGCUGUAACUUGUUUGCUAUGGAACUUAUUCUUAAAGUUCUAGUUAAAAAUAAUUUUUCCACAUGCAUGAAAAUAUGUAUUAAUCAGAGGUGGCUUAAUUACAUUGAAAUUGCUUUUUUGUUGUUGUUGUUGUUUUUACUGAAAUAACUCAUGUUUGUGUAGAAGAAUGCCUGUUUACUCAGAGUUUAUAUUUUCCUUCAGUUAUAUUUUAAAUCAAAAGGUCUGGGUAAUGUAUACUUUCUAUUAAUAUAUACUUUUUUAAAAAAACAAAAAACAAUGUAAUGGUUAAUAGUAGAAAUGUGCCACACUUUUCAAGUUUUAUAUAACAUAUGAAAUUCAGUUAAAAGAAUGUGUGUUUCAUAAUGACUUUUAACUGGUAAAAAUAUUACUUGCACGAAGUACUUGAUGUAUGGUUAUCCUGAAAUUUCGGAGUAUUUGGUGUGUUCUUUGUCUAAAAAUAGUCUGUUUUGUCAGUCCUUCAGAAUGUUAUUUAUUCUGAAGAUUGUCCCUCUUGCACUUGGCAGUUUAUUUUCUGGGAUACAUUGUUGGGGGAGAGGGGUUUCUGCCACUCUUUCCAGAUUGAGUCUGUGCUGUUUAAGGAGGACUACCAUCCUGCAACUCUUUUUCUAAUUGGGGCACAGAGGAUGUCGCUAAAGAAAAGUUGAAGAGCCCUUUCAGCACUUUCUUAUCUGUGGAGAAGAUGGAAUCUUAAAAUACAUUUGGAGUUUUAUCUGUUUUACAAGUCCAUUGAUGGCCUAAGUUCCUCCUGUUUUCUGCUGUUUGAUCUCUAAGGAACUCCUGUUGCUAAAUAUGAAGAGUAUGGAACAUUCAUAUGGUCUCUGUGAAGCAUGGGGGGAGGGAAGACAUUUCUUUUUCUUAUAGGCUUUAUGCUCAAAUGUCAUAGUCUCCUUUCAAAGAAUUGUCUUGCAUUUUAAAUGCACCCAGCUUAAGUAGAAGACAUUGAAGGAUGCAUUAAUUUUCAGGAACUAUUUUGAAUUAUGAAAAGAUUCCCAAUUGAAAAAAUUAUUCAACAAGUAAAAGCUAAGAAAUUUCAUUGAAAUCAUAAGGCAGUUUAAGCAUAAAUUGAUAAAAAUAGCUGUGUACUACUAAUUAAUAGAAAAUCAUUCAACCAAGAGAAGAGUCAAGUGAAUAUCAUUUGUUUAUUGGCUAGUGAGUUUCUUUGUAACGUUGAUUUUAUUAAAUGAUAAUAUUCGGUUAGUAUGUCCUAUGUUAAUAAAAAUGAACAAAAUUAAUUUUGCUAUGUUUAGGUGUCUUGAUAAAAUAACAAUGCUCCAGUGUUGUUGCUUACAUUUAGCACUAAAUUUUAACACAGGGUCAGUGAGUCCAGGUUUUAACUUCUUCAUGCCUGGAUGGGAUAAAAUGUAAUUCAUUGUUAAAUUAAUUCGUAUUUGUAUUUAUUAAUCACUGUGACAACAUUAACCAUUUGUUCUUACCAGGAAGUGGUCAGAUUAUCAUCUGAGUUACAGUUAGACUGGCUAAGUUUGGUAUUAGAUCAAGGGGAAUGUCCAGUAAACAGAGAGGUAAGCAUGAUGAAAAUAAUGAAGUGGGGUACACAGGAAAAACCUGACUAGUGAGGAGGAGCAGCUGAGAGAUAGGGUCAGUGAAUGUGGUUCAGCCUGCUACCUCUCCUGUCUUCAUAGAACCAUUGCCUUAGAAUUAUUGUAUGUCACGUUUUUUGUUGGUUAAGCUGUAAAGUUUUGUUCUUUGCGAACAUGGGUAUUUUGAGGGGAGGGUGGAGGGAGUAGGGAAGUGGUCCUUUUACAAGAAUUUUGAUGCAUAAGUGUCUAUUGUAGGGUUUGGAUGAUCUAGUACAGUGUUUUAGAACCCCUUUUUAUCCCAUGCACCAUUCAGUAAGCAUAAAAAUCACAAUUCUGCUAAUGUCAUUUGGAACUUCAAAAUAAAUAUCUUGUCUAAAAACAAA